GCCGUGCCGCCUUGGUUUCGCUUGCGAGCUUCCGACGAGAGAGCGACAAUCGGCGCGAGUGUGCGAUAUCGGCUGCUCCGAUUUUUCCCUCGAGUCAGUGCUUGGCGAUCAACGCGAAGAGAGAGAGGGCCAGAGAGACACAAUGGUGCCCCGGGAGAUAAUCGUGCUGGCGACACUGUGCGUUGCGGCGUCUGCUGCGGCUGCCGUCCCGGCGGCGUCGAUUGACUUGGCUGCUUCUGGCGGCGACUACGAGCUGCUGCUCGACGAGCGCUACGACGCCGAUCCGCAUGACUUCCCGGCCCGGAACGGCAACUCUCAUCAUCACCGCGCGGACCCGAGCAAGCUGUCGCGCGAGGUGCGCUGCUUUUGCAACCAGCCCCACUGCGUGUCGCAAGGCUACAUGUGUCGCGGUCGCCACGGCUGCUUCACCGAGCUACCCACGCACGUGAGCGCGCGACCGGAGCACGCCGUGUACAGCGGCUGCCUGGAGCAGAGCUCCGGUGAGCGCCAGUGCCCGCAGGGCAAACUCUGCUGCCAGCAGGACCUCUGCAAUCACGUGGACAGCCCGGCAAUGAGGAGUCGCCUCAACAAGACCCUCCAAGUAUUACUAGGUGAGCAGCGAACGUAUAUCGGCUCGAUACAGCCAGCGAUGGGUCAAGCGGUGCAAACGUCCGAUGGCUGGUUCAAGACAGCAACGAUCGCAGUGCCAAUUUGUGGCUUUGUCGUGCUAUUGAUCCUUGCGUCGCUUGCUAUACGAUUGCUACAACCAAUACCGUCGCAAGGUGACAAACUUAAUGGGCUGAUAACGCCGGAAAUGACACCGCCUUUACUUGGACAUCAUCACCAUCAUCAUCACAUUAUCCAUCAUCAUCCCAAUAAAUUGCCCCUCGUCUAA